AUGGAUCAAGAGGAGGCUCCACCGCCUUACUCGGCCGUCGAUCCGUUGCUUGCGCCUACAAACAAUCGCAACGCCAGUUCUUCGGCCCCUUUGCGUGGGAAUGUUUCACCUUCACAGGAUGCUGUUAGCUCGAGCGCUAAUCAACCUAGUGCGCCCUCGCGUCCAGCUAUCGUGCCCACCCACUUUACAUCAGCGGUGACCUACUUUGAGGAACGACCGGCAACGACCUUGGACGAAAGUCGUGAUCUUCUUUAUCACCAUAUGACUAUAUACCCCCGCAGCUCAGCAAAAGACUUUCCUCGCAGGCCCCGGUGCUGGACCUCACGCGUGGACGAUAUCGCCCAGCAGGACUGGGACACUUUCUUGAGAUAUUUGUUUCCCCCACAAUUAGGCUUGGCUGCUGCCUCGCAGCACCUGCCCCGGCAGCUGCGCGCUGAGAUCCAGCGAGAUCGCAAAGAUCGACCACAGGAGACAGAUGAGCAGCGGCAAGCCCGGAUCGCAGCGGUGGUGGACGAAUGGAAUCAAUGCUUUUUUGAGCCACGCGCAGCUCGCAUUGACUUUGUAUAUGUUGGCGAAUCCGAUGCAGCGCCUUCGUCCGCUCUUUGUCCUCGGUGCUACCCCGCUGCGACUAGGGCAACACAGAGCCCUGGUGUUGCCGGGACUUUGGAGGGCCAGCAUGCGACAAAUCCAAAUGCGCCGUCGCCCGUGCCGGGACAGCAUGCACCGUCGCCGACUGGCUGGCCCGUCCCUCCAAAUCAACACUAUCCUUACCCCCCGUUGCCGGGUCAUUAUGGACCAUUUGGAGCGUUUCCUCCAUUCCCGGUACCUGGUGCACCUCCCAAUCAUCAACCCCCUCAAUACUAUCCUCAUCCACCACCGCCGCCCCCGGGUGUUCCCCCAUGGCAAUGGAAUAACUGGGCUUAUAGCCAGCCGCAAUUCGGCAACUCUGGCACGCAGAAGACCGGCGGUACCCUCGGAUGGAUCUCUUCGUUGACAUCCCAGGCGCAGAAAUACGGCGAGCGUUUUGCCGAACAAGCACAGCAUUACGGCGACCAAAUAAGUUCACAUGCUAUGAAUUAUGGUCGACAGGUCGAAGAACAAGCGCUGGCGCAUGGACGAUGGAUUGAGGAGCAGGCACGACUACAUGGACGCAAGCAGGGUGCACAGCCAUCUGCCCCAUACAAUUACCAGCGACCUUUAUGGAACUCGGGCCAGACCGCAGAUACAACGCAAAGCACGCCGACAACUCUCAACAACCCAAGUCCUCCAGCCCGACUCGAGGGCGGAGAUCAAUCUUCCAACCAAACACCCAAUCAGGCGAACCAAGAUGCGAACUUGAACCACAACCGCGACCAGUCCGAUGGUCAAACCAAGGCCGACAGCAAAGAUCCCAUUAUUGAUCGCUCUUGUCGUGCCUCCAUCAGCUCUAUCUCCUCCGAAUCCUCACUCAGCUCCAUCGAUUCUCUCUCCACAACUUCCGAUCUCAGCCCUUCAGAUCUAACAACUGUCCGCACGCAGCUACAAAACCUACAUGAUAGGCACGAUCGCACACUAUACGAUGCAGCCGUCGACCUCCGUCGGCAGUUAGAUCUUCUCCAAGAAUCCCGCCGCGAGGCACGGGCAUCUGGGCGUCAAAAUUGGCGCGAUGGCUGGCGCCGGCAGGAGCCCAAUAACGCAGACAGCAGUGAUUGGGGCCGCUGGGAAUCACCCGAGCAACAGGAACGCCAGUCCAACGAGCGCCGCGCCAUGAAAGAAGAGAUGCGAGCCACCAGGAAAGCAUUCCGAGACAUUGUGCGCCGCGCGCGUGACGAACAGCGAGAUAGGAAGAAAGCGAAAAGGAACCGCCGGCGCCAGGUGCUUGCCAACGCAGAAAACAAAGCCAAAGACAAGGCCUCGAUGGAAGCACGCAUGGGCAAUAUGGCCCUCGGAGAUGACCCGAAUUCACGUCCAAUUCGUGUUCAGACUGAACCUGUACCCUCUCAGCCCCCUCAACGAAAUGCAUAUGCGAGACCCGAUGCGAAUUCGGAUCUCAGUGCGCAGAGCGCAGUCAAUACGGCAUCCUCUGCGUCCCAAUCCAGUGUGAACGAGGUCCCAACCGAGACUGCGGGUAGGAAGGCCAGGCCGCAGGGUCGGUUUAAAGAGAUGCUGAAGCCACGGAGUGCGAAGAAGCAGCAGAAGCCUAGCUCUGAUUCGAAAGAUGGGAAGGAUUCGAAGAACGAACCCGGCGCCUGA